AUGUUUCGUGCGGCAGCGGCUGGUCCUUUUGACGAAGUCGUCGCCCAGGCGACCGACGAGAACCUUACCUCGGAGGAUUGGGGAGCUAUCAUGACAGUCUGCGACCGGGUGUCUGCCGACAAUAGUGGUCCCAAAGAGGCUGUCCAGAGCAUAAUCAAGCGCCUCGCGCAUCGAAAUGCUAAUGUACAGCUUUAUACUCUCGAGCUUGCAAAUGCGCUCAGCCAGAACUGUGGCAAGGAGAUGCACCGCGAACUUGCCAGCCGUGCCUUCACGGAUGCCCUACUGAAGCUUGCGAACGACCGAAAUACCCACAACCAAGUCAAGGUUAGGAUCCUCGAGAGGAUGAAGGAGUGGUCCGACAUGUUCAAGAACGAUGCCGACCUCGGAAUCAUGUACGAUGCUUUUUACCGCCUCAAGCAGACCAACCCCACGCUAGAGCCGCCCUCGGCACCCCAGAAGAACAACCUUACCGAUCUCGACCGACAAAAGGAAGAGGAAGAGCUUCAGAUGGCCCUGAAGCUGUCGCUGCAAGAGGAGGAGCGUAAGAAGAAGACCUCCGAGUCUGCGACUGCUACGGCGUCAACCUCCGCCGCCGGUGGUGCCGCUGCCGCUGCCGCCGAGAUAAAACCAGUGGCGUCGGGAACAACAGCGGCGACGGUCUCCCGUGUCCGCGCUCUAUACGACUUUGUGCCGUCCGAGAGUGGCGAGCUUGAAUUCAAGAAGGGAGAUGUGAUUGCCGUCCUAGAAUCCGUGUACAAGGACUGGUGGCGCGGCUCCCUUCGCGGGAAGACGGGCAUCUUCCCUCUCAACUACGUCGAAAAGCUCACGGAUCCCACUCCUGAGGAGCUUCAGCGCGAGGCACAGAUGGAGGCAGAGGUGUUUGCCGAGAUUAAGAAUGUCGAGAAGCUCUUGACGUUGCUGAGCGCUUCGAAUACCUCGCCCCGGGAGGAGGAUAAUGACGAGAUUGCUUUGAAUGAAAAGUUCAUCAAGGCUCGUCGGGAUUAUGAAGCCCUUUUGGAGUCGUCGAUGGCCCAUCCUCCUCAGCCGUCAUACCACCAAUACAUGCCGGGGCCCCCGCAGCCAGGCUACCCACCCCAGGGUGGCCCUGGAGGACCGCCUCAUGAUGCUCAAAGAUUUUACACGCCUGGGCCUCAGGACUACCAUGGCGUCAGCCCUCCGCCUGGAAACUUCCAACGCCCGAGCCAGGCGACACCCGCUCCUUUCUAUGUCGCCGGAGCCGAAAUCCCCUCCGGCGGGAACCCUCAUGCCCCAUCUCAACAGCAAUCGUACCCAAUCCGACCUGGCCCGACUUCCAGCGGAUCUGCAGGUCAACCUGCUCCGAUCAAUACGUCUUCACCUCCUCCAGCAUCCAACCAAUACACUGCCUACUCGCAAGUGAACCAGCGCCCUGGGAGCACGUACGGUGCUCAAGAACUAGCGACGUCGGUGUACGACUCACCCAUCGCUCCGCAUAACCAGAACUCUCUAAACCCUGCGGCCCCUUACUCGCCUGAUGACCCGUACAAUCCUCCCAACGCUGGUGGUCCUCUCGCCCAGCCUACCGCACCUGCUGCACACGCGCAGCCAUCGCAGCCCCAGUACCAGAGCUACAAUCCUUCGCAGAACCAGGCUCAGUACGACGGAGCUCCCCCCGCACCCUCUGGUGCAGCUCCUCCCGUACCACAGGCACUAGCUCCCGGUAGGCCAGAGAAUGCCGUGUCUCCUCCUCCGGGCGGACUGUAUGACGCGCGCCAGGGUUUGCCCAGCCAGGCGGGCAACGGACACCCGCAGUACAAGCCUUAUGUACCACCUUCUUCGGAGCCUAGCGCACCUGGCCCUGCCGACUACUACCGCCAGCCCAGCGGCUACUAA